AUGACAACCGCCGGCUUGCUGCUGCUGGCCGCGGCAUCAGCCAGCAGCCCCGUCUCCUUCAGCCUCCACCCGUGGCACGCCAGCGUCCACUUUCCGACCGCGGGACGCUUCGCUGCCGCCCUUCCAGUCGUCCUCCUCGUCACCGGGUUCGGCGGCGAGAUCCCUGCGGAGGCCUACUCGGACCUGAGCACCGCCGUGGCCUCGCGUGGCGCCGUCAUGAUCGGCCUCUCCCGCCCUCCUCCCUUCCCGAUGCUGACCGACUACCCGGCCGUCGCCCGCUCCCUCGACCCGGUGCUCCAGUUCGUCGUCAACGGCUCCCUCGCCGCGAGGCUCAGCGAGGCGGGUGCUCCGGCGCCGCCGAACGUGAGCGCUCUCAUCCUCGGCGGCCACUCGGCGGGCUGUCACGUCGCCGUCCGGCGGAUCCUCUCUUCCGGCUGCGGCGCCGUGGGCGGGGUGCUGCUCCUCGACCCGGUGGACGGCGCCGACCCGUGGGGCCUCCGCAAAGAGCUCGACCCGCGGCCGGUGCAGCCGCUGGAGCCCGCCUGCGCGCCGCGCCGCCUCUCCAACGGCCGCUUCUUCGACGCGUGGGGCGGGCCGAUCUGGCAGGCCAACGCCACCGCCUUUGGCCACAUGGACCUCGUCAACGACGGCGAGGCCGGCGCCGCCGCCUCCUUCGUCUGCCCGGGCAACAAGGACCGCCGCGAGCGGCGCGGUUACCGCCACUUCCUGGCCACCGCCAUCGCAGCCUUCGCUCGCGGGCUGCCGCGCCGGGCUGAGAGCCAGAUCUAG